UUUUCUGUGUGUUGUCGUGUACAACCAAGAGACCAGGGGGCGCUGCAGCACACUUAAUGGGGCACCACUGACGUCUGGACAUUGACCCUUUAAGAUCGUGUUUUUCUUCGAGGCAUAACGGGGAACAUGGCAGAAGAACGUGAGGAUGUUUGGGACGUGAUCGUGGUUGGGGCUGGGGUGAUGGGGUCGUCCACGGCGUUUCACCUGGCGCAGGGCGGCAGCAAGACCCUUCUUCUGGAACAGUUUUUCCUGCCACACACACGGGGAAGCUCCUGUGGUCAGACCCGCAUCGUCCGAAAGUCCUACAUCGCCGAGCAUGCGCACUACGCAGACAUGGUGACGGCAUCCAUCCGAAUCUGGCAGCAGGUUGAAAAGGAAUUGGGAACUACGCUUCUGGUCCCCACUCCCCGCCUGCUGUGGGCCCGUUCAGAGAACCCGAAGAUCCACGCCAUUGCCGACACGCUGGACGGGGUGGGCGCCCGGAACAGCCGGCUCCAGACGGGGGAGCUGAGGCGGAGGUUCCCGAUGCUGCGGUUCCCGGCCGGGCACGUCGGUGUGCUGGAGGAGGACGCCGCUGUCAUCAAGGCCGACACGGCCGUCAGGUGUCUGCAGGAACUUUUUGUGAGGAGAGGCGGCCGCAUCAAAGAUGGCGAACGGAUCGUGAAGGUGGUCCCAGGACAGACGAUAACCGUUACCACGGCAACCAUGACGUACAGGACCAGGAGACUGGUGAUGACGUGUGGGGCAUGGGCUCCCGGCAUCCUCUGCGACUUGGGACUCAACCUGCCGUUAAAACCUCUCCGGAUCAACGUGUGUUACUUCAGAGAGAAGCAGCCGACCUCUACUCACAGUCUGGCGGCUAACUUCCCGGUCAUCAAGGACGAGGAUGAUGACGUGUACGGCAUACCUAGCCUGGAGUACCCAAAUAUGGUCAAGAUUUGUCGUCACGUAAACUGGAAGACAGGUCACGUCGCUAACCCCGAACAACGUGACGUCAACAUCCGGGAACAUCUGGAGGAGGAUGUACGUUACCUGAGUAACCUCGUGAGGCGCCACCUACCGGGUCUGGAGGACAAGCCAGCCGUGGUCGAAACCUGCAUGUACACGAACACUCCGGAUGCUGAGUUCAUACUAGACCGGCAUCCAAGGUUUCACAACAUAGUCAUUGGCACUGGAUUCUCAGGCCAUGGAUUCAAACUGGGGGCGGCAGUGGGAAGACUCCUGAGUGAACUGGCCACAGACAGGCCGCCUUUCUUAAACAUGGGGCCCUACAGGAUAGCACGCUUCACACCUCCUAAAGCUGCACUUUGAACUUUUGCUACAUAUCAGUUGUCUGUAAUAAAAAUAAAUACAGUGUCUUCAAAAUUCCCUGGUUCCAAAAAAAAAGGCAAAAUACAUGGUACCCAUUUUACAACAUUAUGUCAUGUGUAUCUUAAUAUAAUCAUCACAAGAACUUGUAUACCACAAAUGUAAUAUGUACAUUAAAUUGUAUACCACAAAAAUAAUGUACAUAUUACAUUACUAUGAACCACCUGCACCAUAUAAUCAUCAAAGACAGUAAACUAAAGAAAGCCAACAGUAUUGGAAUGUCUUAAAGUUUUCUUUUUCUUGAAGCUAUUACAAGUGCUGCUCCAACAGCUGUAUGCUAUUUUACAACUACAUGUAGUACAUACUACUACAACUUACGUUGCUAAAUAUUUUAUCUGCCUAUUUGCAAUGCUUACCACUAUAUAAUAAUAAGAGUGUUGACUACUAAGUAUUGUUCUAACUACAUACAAUGUACUACAUGCAGUGUUUACCAACUUACAAGGAUUUUUAACCAUGAUCUGUGGGGCUAACUUACAGUAUUGUCACUGUAUUGUCCUGACAAGGGUAACAUCUCACAGAUUUACAUCAUCUCACCACUACUUUCUGUAUGACUUGCAUAUCUUAAUCAUUAUCAUCCAUGUACAAAUUUGAAAUAAAAAGCAUGAUUUUAAACUAUAAGUUUGUGUUCAAUUGUUCACAGAAUUAUCUGUGUGUAACAAACCUAUGAUAUUCAAUAAACAUUUACAUUCCAUAUUCCUGAUGAAAAUACAGAUUUGUAUUUUUAACAUUGUAACUGUUAUUAUGCAGCUAUAGAAAACAAAUUUAAAAUGAAAUAAAAUGAUAAUCUAUGGCACUUCUGCUUUGUUACAGUACGUAUUAGAAGACCUUAAAACUCUGGGACCAAAAUUAAGUAGACAAAAAUAUCUAAUACACCAGUGUUCUAGCCAGCAUGAAUUUCUUUUCCAUCAUCUCAAUUUCAUUUGAUGUACAUCAUGACAUCAUGCUGAGCGCCAUAGGAGUAACCAUCCUAGGGUGAUCCAGGGGCAUACUCCCCUAGUAAAAAGUUUGAAAUGUUGACCAUCUAAAUGCUAUUUCCUGUAUUUUGAGGGGCGAAUUUUGCUGGUAGACUAAUGAUAUCAUUUUCCAUAUCGUUACACACUGAUUUUCAUGUGUUAAAGAUGGCAAAAUUCUGUCAAAUAAAAGAAAGACAGAUGUGCUGGCUAG